GAACAGAACUGAUGAAAUACAGUGCUGAAGUCCAGAUAGGAAGUUGACAUCUCUUGAUGCCUUAUGUAAGUGGGGAAAUCCUACUGUAAGCUCACAUUGCCCAAAGGAAAUAUAUGAUUCCAUAAUCACUGGGACUAGCAUGCACUCAGAGAAUGACUGAGAAAGGUUCAAGCUUUCAAAACCAUCUUUCCUGAAUAUCAUUCAUAAGAAAAGACUCUUAAGUUAGUGAGAGACAGAGAAGAGAAAUGGAUCCCCCCAAAGAUUCUGCAUCGGAAAACACAGAGAGAAUAGGGCUCCAUUCUCCUCUAUGUUAUUGUGCUAUCGCUGGAGUUUCCAUAUUAUUCCUCAGCUCCUGUUUUAUCACCAAAUGUGUUGUGUCAUAUCACUUAUUCUCUCAGAGCUGUGAAGAAGACAAGAACCAGUUCGAUUUGAUUGAACAUUUCAAGGAAUCCUCUUGCUCUCCUGAUGCCUCAGGAGUUAUCAAUACUUGUUGCCCACUGAACUGGAAAAAAUUUCAAUCCAGCUGUUACUUCUUCUCUAAUGACACCAUGACUUGGACUGCAAGUUUGAAGAACUGUGAAAGCAUGGGGGCCAACCUGGCAGUUAUAAACACACAAGAGGAGCAGAAUUUCCUUUUCCAAGCAAAACCCAGUGGAAGAGAGUUCUACAUUGGGCUGACAGACCAAGUGGUUGAUGGUCAUUGGGAGUGGGUAGAUGGUACGCCAUUCAACAAAAAUUUGAGCUUCUGGGAUAUAGGGGAGCCAAACAACAUUGCUGGGUUUGAGGACUGUAUAACCAUAAGAGACAGUUCAAAUGCAAAUCGCAACUGGAAUGAUAUAACAUGCUUCUUCAAGAUGUAUCGAAUUUGUGAAAUGCCAGUGAGAAGUGUUUUGACUUAGAAAAAAUAGUAGAGAGAAUAUGUGCUCUUUAAAUGUAUAGUAACAAGGCUUAGAUUCUUAAAAUCUAGUCACUGCUCAGAUUCUUAUAAUCUAGCCAUUGUUUACCCAUGUUCAGACUCC